AUGGAAUCUCGGCCACCAUCAAUCCCUCACCCUCCGUUCCCUCGGCCGUUGCUCUUCAGCACCGCUCCUCAACACUCCCGUGAAUAUGGAUCCUCACAACCACAAACGUCGCGACCGGAGGCACGAUCGCAUACAGCCUACGAUUCUCUGCGUCGGCCAGCAGACGAGCCGACUCGCGCUAUGCCUACGUAUGGCUACGCCGCGCACUCCUAUAACCCGGAUCUGAGGAAUCAAACUCGCUCCACAUCCCCUACGCGUUUUGGCGCAAUGCAGCCUGAUGUAGCAAAGCGCUCGGCGCUCACUUCUCCCGUCAAGAAUAAUGGAAUUCUGGGGAAGGACAGUGCAUUCUAUCGUGAUGCGUCGGCCAUGCGACGCACCUCAUCUCCACGGGACCAGGAGAGCCGUUGGUCCGUGAACCGGAGCCGGAAUCUCAAGUCAGCUUCUUCUACUGCUGCAAACUCGGAAACAUCCUCUGCGCAUACUAUCGGAAACCGCCAAAUGCCUCCUCCGUCGCCACCACAGCCGUACCCAGCCCGCAACUCAUCCGGGUCUUUAUCUCAACCAUCCUCAAGUCUAUUCUCCCGUGAUCACGGCUUCGGAUCGGUACAUCGUCCCGGAGCGAGCAUGUCGAUAUCGUCAAUGCUAGGAUCAGACCCCGAUCGGCCGUCCCGCGAUCAUCCAACCUCGCUCUUCUCAAGACCAUCCAUGUCAUCUCCGUUUGGAGCUUCUCGCAACUCUAGUGGAGCAAUGUCGCCUCCAAAUGCGCCUGCCAGACCACCAUCUACCAUCGACCAUCCUCUAAUGCGUCGUUCACAGACCCCAGACAAGCCAUUCGCCAAAGACCCACUCUCGCGACAGUCCUCGAGAUCGGAGUCUGGUGGAUUUUCUGACUCUACGAAAUUUUCUUUCGGGCGAUCAUCGUUCUCACAGUACCCCGAGAAGUCGACCACCACUCAAAAAUCUCCUCGCAAUGCUACUGCCUCCGAUCCGCCUUUCGGCCACUCCCGCCGAGUGAGUUUGAACAGCGCUAUUCAACGCCCAAGUAGCCAACCACAGCAGGAGGAAACUCGAGCACCCGCAUAUAGCCCUCGAACACGGACGUCUAGCGAGAGUAUUUUUGGAAGUACGCAUCACAAUACGUCCUAUCUAGACCAUGAGACACGUCCAUUUGCGAGAUAUGGCGGAAUAUACUCGGACAGGGCUCGGGAGGAACAACUGGCGCGAGAACGGGAGAAGGAGAAAAAUACUACUCAUGAACCGGAGAGAAAGCCUGCUUUUGGAUUACUACAUGGUAGAUAUGGAGUUCCUCCAGCGGAGCGGGACGAGAAUCGACCUAAUCGUCCAUCAUGGGAGAUUGGAAGAAGCCAACCCAAAUCCCCCGAGGCGCGGCGCUUUACAACAACUGCUUCUGAAUCCGGUUCCGGAUCCGGGUUUGGAUUUGGAUCUAUCCAAAGUUAUACCAAGUCGCUUGGUUCGCAGUUGGGUGCCUCAAGGAGCGCCCCCGCUACCACUCCAUCCCACUCGAGUUUCUCACUUCACUCCCGGCAAAGUCAGCCGACACCACCUCCUCAUGAACAAUCUUUCCUAGGUAAAACUCAGUCACAGCCUCGUCCACUGUCGGUCACUUCUGCGCCUUCCGCAAGCCAAUCAUCUCUUGGUGCAUCGGGCUCAGCAGCAGCAGCAGCCGCCGAGGAGCAACGUAGGAAGGGCAGUGAUGAUUUGAUGCAGCAUCGCACUCUACUAGGAAUCGGUGCGGAUGGAAAACGUGCUGGACGUGCAUCACCCUUGCCGCAAGCCGUACAAGGAGCCCAAGCCCAGUUCAUUGGUUCUGCUGGAGAGACCGGCAUCAAAGGGGAACUAGGCAGGGUGUUUGCAGGCAUUGGCAGUGGCGUGGGCACAGGCCCUUCCAGUUCAACCGGAAGUGGUCCCCCAACACCAAUGACUGCAAGCCCAUUCAAACGGGAUAGUUUUGGGGCAUCCGAACAUGUGGACGAGGGUAAAGCUGGACGUGGUGGUGCUGCUUUAAGCAGGAAGCGAAGCUCAAAAGACGAAGAGCCUACUGACCUCGGCGAACCAGCCCAGGAUUUACGAGGCACCCCGUCAACUCGAGGUGGAUCUCGCCGGGGCCGGCACGUCCACCACCACCAUCACCAUCAUCAUCAUCAUCGAUAUAAGAAUGAGGAUGAAGGUGUUGCACCGCGUACCACUCCUGGUACAACGAGUGUUAUGGGCAAAGCGCCUACCCCUACUGAACCGGUUGCUCCGGUGGCUACUACGACGCCAGCGCACCACCACCAUCAUCAUCACCAUCACCACCACGCGCCACGCAAUAUAUCAUCUACUAUUACCUCGGCUCCAUCUGUUGUUCCUCUCCGGGAUGCUCGAACUCUGGUCAAUAUCAAGCCACUUCUGGAAAGUGUUGCUCAGCUACCGCGACACCAUCUAGGUUCGACAUUAUAUGCGCCACGUAUCGGCGUUCCUAGCGCAAAUUCGUCCGGAGAAAGUCAAAAGUUUGGCUAUACCAGUACUCCGGUUCCUAUCCCUCGAUUUGAAGGAAAGGAGAACUGCACAUUUACAAUUCGUGUACCACGUUUCCGUAUUGAUCCCAGUCACCGAGAGGAGAUAUGCGCAAGGCGAGCUGUUUGGGGAACUGGCGUCUAUACAGAUGACUCAGAUCCUGUGGCAGCUGCCAUUCACUCUGGUUAUAUUCGUGGAGAAUGGGGAGAGGAUGUGGAUAUCUCAAUGCUCGACUUGGAGAUCAAAAGCGACUAUCACCACGCGCCUCAGCCGACAGCUGAGUCAGGCACAACGACGGCGAAGCCAUUGAUCCCACCUGUGCCCCCACCAAACAAAGAUUUACACAUUACACUACUCAUUCUUCCGCGACUGGAACGCUACGAGUCCACGCUCAUGUUUGGCCUUAAGUCCCGAGCCUGGGAAGGAAACCACGAUGGUAUGAGCUUCAAAGUAGAGCGCAUCGAAUGGGUAGACGAAGGAUCAACACGCGGAGAAGAACGCAGCGGAGCCGCACGACGAAAGCGGCUGCGCAAUAUGAUGCAAACCGGACGAAUCUGUACUGGACCGGGUCUGCUACGGAUGCGUGGAGGUCCUGGCUCGUUGCUCGGUAGUAGUUCGGAUCUGAUCACUAAUCAGACUCCUACCAGUGCACCCGUGCAACCUGUAUCAUGA